AGGGAUAAAAAAACUAAAGCAUCACAUAUGAGCAGGACUACAGGCAUCCUUAGUGGGGUAUGCGCUCUCUGUCUGCUUUUUUUUUCAUCACAUUUUGAUGAGCAGGUUUGAAUUUUGAGUUUUGGAAAAUGGGAUGUCAAAUCAUGUUGCCUCUGCUGCUUCUGGGGAUGUUAGGUACGGUGACUCCUCAGACUGCAGAUCCCCUCUACGUAAUUUCUGGAACAACAAGCUCUCGAUCAGACGAUGGAAGUUCUCCACGGAUUGUCCUGCAGAGACCUUUCGUGUACUUUGGACACUCGUACAAUCAGAUUUAUAUGAACCACAACGGACACCUGACCUUUGCUAGUCCAUGGUACCGUUACACACCUCAACAGUUUCCACUGCAUGGAUCCAGAGACAUCAUUGCCCCAUUCUGGACAGAUCUGGACAACAGAGGAAAUGGUCAGGUCAUCUACAACCAAUACACCAACGGCAAUGUCCUUCAACAAGCUACACGGGACAUUAAUGCCUACUUCCCAGGACUGCACUUUAAUGCCAACUGGGUCUUUGUUGCAACAUGGUAUCAGGUGGCGUACUUUCCAACCACUGGCACACAAACAACCAUCCAAGCAGUCUUGAUUUCUGGUGGCCACUACUCAUUUGUGCUGAUGAACUAUGGGAUAAUAGCUGCAACAACUCGCAAUAUACAGGCUGGAUAUGACACAGUCGGUUCUGCUCACCAUUUCACCAUCCCGGGAUCUUUCGCUAGUAAUGCAACAGGCAUUAACUCAGUUUUCCGCCUGAGCAGCAAUGUCAAUGUACCCGGUCGCUGGGCGUUCCGCACCGACACUGGAUCAAGAGGCUGCACUUACAAUGGUGAAUCCGUGCAGCUCGGUGACUCAUUCUGGAGGGACAGUGCAUGUACAGAGAAGUGCACCUGCACCUCAGCAGGUCUGCAGUGUGUCAGUCAACGCUGCUCCUUUUCCCAAAUCUGCCGGCCAACUUCCUUUCAGUUCACCUGCCAGACGGUGCAGAGACGCACCUGCACAAUAAGUGGUGAUCCACAUUACUAUACCUUCGAUGGCACGGUGUUUCACUUUCAGGGCACCUGCACCUACGUUCUCUCAGAACAGUGUGGUCGUGGGCUGCCCUACUAUCGUGUAGAGGGUAAGAACGAGCACCGGGGCAGCACUCACGUUUCCUGGACAAGACUGGUCAAAGUGUAUGUCUAUAAUGAAACUAUCGAGCUUGUCAAAGGACGACGCAGUGAGGCUAAGGUUAAUGGAAACUUUGCAGCCACUCCGUUCUCCCUUCAAAAUGGCACCAUCCAAGUUUAUGAGUCAGGUUUUUCUGUGAUCAUCAGUACUGACUUUGGCUUGGUAGUUUCUUACGACACAAAUCAUUAUGUUAGAAUCAGCUUGCCCAACACUUACCAGAAUGCAACAUGUGGCCUGUGUGGAAACUUCAACCACGACCCUGGGGACGACUUUCAAACACCCCAAGGCGAGGUUGUGAGCUCUGAUGUAGUUUUUGCCAACAGUUGGAAAGUAUCAGGGGACGAUGAGCCUGGAUGUGACGAGCAGUGUGGAGGUCUGGCCUGUGCUGCCUGCACUGACCAUGAUACAACUUUAUACAGCAAUACGGACCAUUGUGGUAUCCUCCAGAGCAGUUCUGGACCCUUUGCUGCUUGCCAUCUACGACUUCCACCGCAAACAUUUGUACAGAGUUGUGUGUAUGAUCUGUGUGUCGGACAAGGCUAUCAGCCCAUUCUGUGCCAAGCCCUAAAUGUUUAUGCAAGUCAGUGUCAGCAAAAUGGUGUCCAGCUGCCAAGCUGGAGGAGUCCAGGCUUCUGUGAAAUCCCCUGUCCAGCCAACAGCCACUUUGAGUCCCAAGGCACAGGAUGUCCAGCUACCUGUGUCAAUCCCAAUUCCACCCAAAACUGCCCUCUCCCUGCCCAGGAGAGCUGCAUCUGCAAUUCAGGCUACAUCCUCAGUGCUGGGGUCUGUGUCCCUCAUGCUGAGUGUGGCUGCAGCUUUGAAGGUCGUUACUACCGCUCUGGACAAACUGUAAUACUAGACGAGAACUGUGGGAGACGUUGUAGCUGCAGUUAUGGCUCCAUGACCUGUCACUCACAUGGUUGUGGUCCACUGGAAUCAUGCAGGGUGGAGGAGGGAGAAAGAGGAUGCAGACCUAACAGCUAUGAAACAUGCUGGAUAAAGGGCCUGGGGUCAUAUCAUACAUUUGAUGGACUGACAUACCAGUAUCCUGGGGCAUGUCGAUUGACUCUUGCCAAAGUGAUGGGAUUGUCUCAUCACCCCCACUUUGCAGUGACAGCAGAGAAAGUGCCUAGAGGCCAAAAUGGUUUUGCCAGGUUGCUAAAGUUUGAGGCAGAGGGAACACAAGUCUCCAUUGAGAUGGCAGAAAACAGCACAGUUCAGGUUGACGGUCAGCGGAUCAGACUACCAUUCAGCUCAGCAUCCAACCGAAUCCAAGUCUACCACAGCAGCAUUCACAGUAUCAUCCUUCACACCGCCUUUGGUGUGACUGUGCAGACAGUUUGGCCUCACUUUGUACGUAUCACUGCACCCGGUAUCUACAAUGGUUCACUGGGUGGACUCUGUGGAAACUACAAUGGUAACUCACAUGACGACUUCCGCACACCCAAUGGCCUCCUGGUCAACAGCUCUCAGGUCUUUGGAGACAGCUGGCGAGAUGGCUCCCUCGCUGCACACUGUGUGGAAAGUGUAAAUGAAAAUUCUAGGACAAAUUCCAAUUCUAGUGAGGGCUGUGGCAUUAUUGCCUCACCGAAUGGGCCGUUUACCCAGUGUUGGGCCAUGGUGGACCCACAGCAGCAUGUGAGUGCAUGCAUGGAGACCAUUAGAGUCUCUAGAGAUCCAGCAUCAGCACUAUGUGAGGUCCUACGUGAUUAUGCUCUAAUGUGUCAACAGAAGGGCGUAGCCCUGGGACACUGGAGGAAUAUAACUGGCUGUGAGCACACCUGCCCAGCAAACAGCCAUUAUGAACUCUGUGGAAGCUCUUGUCCCUCCACCUGCCCCAGCCUUUCCUUUCCCUUCUCCUGUAACACUCUGUGCCAGGAUGGGUGCCAGUGUGAUGAUGGUUUUGUCCUCAAUGGCAACCAGUGUGUACCACCAACAUCUUGUGGAUGCCAUCAUGAAGGACGCUAUCGGCAAGGUGGCCAAGAGUUUUGGAAUGGUGAAGAAUGCCAGAGCUUCUGUACCUGCAACGGCACAACAGGGACAGUCCACUGUAAUCCCAGCUCCUGUGGUCCCCAGGAGUCGUGCCGUGUGGUAGGGGGUGAAUUUGGAUGUCAUCCAAACCCCCAUGGCACCUGCUCUGCCUCUGGAGACCCCCACUACCUCACAUUUGAUCAAAAGGCUUAUGACUUCCAGGGAACCUGCCGCUAUGUUCUGGCGACCCUUUGUAAUCACACUAAUGGACUCCCCCACUUUUCAGUGGAAGCUAAGAAUGAGCCGUGGUUUGGGUUGACAGUCUCAAUCACGGCUGAAGUUUUUGUGAAUGUGUUGGGAUACCGAGUGCGUGUGUCAAGGGACGACAGAGGUAUGGUAGAGGUAAAUGGAAUAACUACAAAUUUACCAGUUGCCUUGAGUGGAAAUGUGUCUAUCUUUGCAAGUGGACGUCAAACAUUUAUCACUACUGAUUUUGGCCUCAGAGUCACCUAUGAUGGAUGGAGUACAGUGUCCAUCUCUGUGCCAUCAAAUUACAGAGGACAGACAUGUGGACUUUGUGGAAACUUCAAUGGGAAUCGAAGUGAUGACUUCCGCACCCCAUCUGGAACAAUAGUCACCACUCCAGAUGUGUUUGGGACAGCUUGGAAGGUUGCAGGCAACUACACCUGCAGUGAUGGGUGUGGUUCCUCCUGCCCGCGGUGUACCAACGAACAACCUGCUAGAGCUCAGUGUGAGGUGAUCAAAGCAGCCAGCGGCCCCUUCAGCUUCUGCCAUGAGCAGGUGGACCCAGCUCCAUAUUUCAAUGACUGUGUGUUUGAUGUUUGUGUGUCUGGAAAUGGGGGCCAAGAUCUUCUGUGCAGGGCCAUUCAAGCGUAUGUCAGUGCCUGUCAGUCUGCUAAUGUUCGAAUCUACCCUUGGAGACAGAACACCACCUGCAGACUGGACUGUCCAGCCAACAGCCAUUAUGAGCUGUGUGGUACUGACUGUGGCCACACCUGUGCCAGCAGCAUUGAUGCCACCUGCGAACAGGUUUGCUCUGAGGGAUGUUUCUGUGAUGAGGGGUUCCUCAGGAGUGGGACAACAUGUGUCCCCGUGGAAAGCUGUGGCUGCCAGUAUGAUGGCUUCUACUAUAAUGCUGGUGAGUCCUUCUGGACGGAUGGUUGCUCCCAGCGAUGCGAAUGUUAUGCUCCCAAUGACCUGCGCUGCACCGCUGCAUCUUGCACUUCUACACAAGAGUGCACCAUCAGAAAUGGCCGGCUGGGCUGUUUUGCUACUAUGUCCACUUGCACUGUGUGGGGGGACCCACACUACAUCACCUUUGAUGGGGCACUGGCUCAUUUCCAGGGCACGUGCUCUUACAUCAUCACUGAGAGCGUGAGCCACAGCACCAAUGAAACCCAGUUUCAAGUAGUAGCCACCAAUAAUCACCGUGGUAACAACCGCGUGUCGUUUGUAUCAGCAGUGGAUGUAUACCUUUCGAAUCGAACAGAGAAUGUGCACAUAAGGAUUGGACCAAACAAAAGAGUAACGGUAAAUGGGAGUGAGGUGUCUCUUCCCACCACCACAGGAACCUUAGCUCGGGUGGAGAGGCAGGGAAGCUACAUGGUGGUUGAUGCCGUUAACCUGAUCGUCCAGUUUGAUGGCCGCAGUACCUUACUGGUCAGAAUCGACCAACACUGUCAAAACAGAGUCGCUGGGAUGUGUGGGAACUUCAACAAUGAUCCUGCAGAUGACAAAGUCUUGCCCAAUGGCACACAGGCACAAAAUGACAAUGAGUUUGGACACAGCUGGAAGGCACCCACAAGCCGACCAGGAUGUGGAUCCACAGAUGAAGACAAUGGUGGUGGAUUGACCGACUGUACCUACAGGGAAGAAUACUCUGCGCUCUGCAGUGUUAUCACCAACACCAGUGGCCCAUUCAGUGCCUGUCACCUGCACUCUGACCCACAGCCAUUUUUCAGUUCCUGUGUCUAUGAUCUCUGCCUCUACACUCCAGCCAAUGGCAUGCUCUGUUCUGCAAUCUCAGCCUAUGAGAGAACCUGCUCAGUUUUGGGGUUAAACAUCUCUGAGUGGCGCUCUGCUUUACAUUGUGCUGAGUCUGACCCCUGUGAAGAGUUGAACUGCACAGAGAGUGAGUGGUGUGGUGAGAAGGACGGUGUGUAUGGCUGCUUCUGUGAUGAACACCACCAUCGGCCCCACAAUGAGAGCUACGACUCGUCCAUCACUUGUGUCAGUAGUUCAGGCACCAUGUCUCUGUCACGCUGCCAGCUGUUUGAAGCUGGCUUCCACUCUAGCGCCCUCCAUCUCAAAGACGACUCCUGUAAAAGUACUCUCCAGGACGGACGACUGUUGUUCCACUUUAACAAUGACGAGCAGCUGUGUGGGACAGUUCUCAGGAGCAAUGGAACCCAUUUCAUCUAUGAGAACAUGAUCCAGGGCGAUGUGGACCCUCAUGACGGUCUAAUCAGCCGCCAAAGGAACAUCCAUCUGCGUUUCUGCUGUGAAUACCCUCUGUCUCAGGCCCUGUCUAUGUCUGUGGGCAUCAAUCCUUUAGAGAGCAUUGUGAGGAAGAAGCUUCCAAAUGGCCGUGGACAGUAUCACAUGAGAAUGAUCCCCUACCAGGACGCUGGCUUCAGCUCUCCCCUGACCGGUGACAGCAACAUAGAAAUGGAAAUAGACCAGAGGUUGUAUGUGGAGGUGCGGACAGAGGGAAUUGAUGAACGGCAGAUCUCCACCAUUCUUGACUCUUGUUGGGCCACGCCAAUCAACAAUGCGAACUACCCUGUCCGCUGGGAUCUCAUCAGUGCAGAGUGUCCUAAUCCAGCAGAUGAAACAGUAGAGGUGGUUCAGAAUGGCAUCUCCGCUGCGGCCAGAUUCUCCUUCAGGAUGUUCACCUUUACCAACUUUUCAUCCAUCUACCUGCACUGCCAGGUCCACCUGUGUCUUCUGUCAAACAACAACUGCACAGCUCAUUGCUACCCAGGUUACCACAGGCGAGUUGGGAGGGAUGUAUCCUACCAUGACACUGCCUCCAUCUCACUAGGACCACUAGACCUGAUCCCAAUGAGCGGUGGCAAAAUGAUGGAACGAAGCAGUGCUCCAGGCCAGAUGACCUCACUGGUGACCCUGCUGGUCAGUCUGCUAUUCAGUUUGCUGACUGCCAAAACUCUGACUCCACGACCCCUUUACUCAAUUUCUGGAACAACAAGCUCUCGAUCAGACGAUGGAAGUUCUCCACAGAUUGUCCUGCAGAGACCUUUUGUUUACUUCGGACGCUCAUAUAAUCACAUUUAUGUGAACCACAAUGGACACCUGACCUUUAAUGCUUCAUGGUCCAGAUACAUACCUCUGCAGUUUCCACUGCAUGGAUCCAGAGACAUCAUCGCCCCAUUCUGGACAGAUCUGGACAACAGAGGAAAUGGUCAGGUCAUCUACAACCAAUACACCAACGGCAAUGUCCUUCAACAAGCUACACAGGACAUAAAUGCCUACUUCCCAGGACUGCACUUUAAUGCCAACUGGGUCUUUGUUGCAACAUGGUAUCAGGUGGCGUACUAUCCAGUCACUAACACACAAACAACCAUCCAAGCAGUCUUGAUUUCUGGUGGCCGCUACUCAUUUGUGCUGAUGAACUAUGGGAUACUAGCUGCAACAACUCGCAAUAUACAGGUGAGAACCUACAAAGAACCAAAUUGUAAAAGGUGUUUUAAAGCUGGAUAUGACACAGUCGGUUCUGCUCACCAUUUCACCAUCCCGGGAUCAUUCUCUAGUAAUGCAACAGGCAUUAACUCAGUUUUCCGCCUGAGCAGUAAUGUCAAUGUACCCGGUCGCUGGGCGUUCCGCACCGACACUGGAUCAAGAGGCUGCACUUACAAUGGUAAACCCGUGCAGCUCGGUGACUCAUUCUGGAGGGACAGUGCAUGUACAGAGAAGUGCACCUGCACCUCAGCAGGUCUGCAGUGUGUCAGUCAACGCUGCUCCUUUUCCCAAAUCUGCGGACCAAGUACCUUUCAGUUCACCUGCCAGACGGUGCAGAGACGCACCUGCACCAUAAGUGGUGAUCCACAUUACUAUACCUUUGAUGGCACAGUGUUUCACUUUCAGGGCACCUGCACCUACGUUCUCUCAGAACAGUGUGGUCAUGGGCUGCCCUACUAUCGUGUAGAGGGUAAGAACGAGCACCGGGGCAGCACUCGUUUAUCCUGGACAAGACUGGUCAAAGUGUAUGUCUAUAAUGAAACUAUCGAGCUUGUCAAAGGACGACGCAGUGAGGCUAAGGUUAAUGGAAACUUUGCAACCACUCCGUUCUCCCUUCACAAUGGCACCAUCCAAGUUUAUGAGUCAGGUUUUUCUGUGAUCAUCAGUACUGACUUUGGCUUGGUAGUUUCUUACGACACAAAUUAUUAUGCCUUGAUCAGUUUGCCAUACACUUACCAGAAUGCAACAUGUGGCCUGUGUGGAAACUUCAACCACGACCCUGGGGACGACUUUCAAACGCCCCAAGGCGAGGUUGUGAGCUCUGAUGUAGUUUUUGCCAACAGUUGGAAAGUAUCAGGGGACGAUGAGCCUGGAUGUGACGAGCAGUGUGGAGGUCUGGACUGUGUUAACUGCACUGCAGAUCAGACAGCUUUAUACAGCAAUGCAGACCAUUGUGGUAUCCUCCAGAGCAGUUCUGGACCCUUUGCUGCUUGCCAUCCACGAAUUCUCCCACUAAACUUUCUGCAGAGUUGUGUGUAUGAUCUGUGCGCAGGAGGAGGCUAUCAGCCCAUUCUGUGCCAAGCCCUAAAUGUUUAUGCAAGUCAGUGUGAACAGACUGGUCUCCAGCUGCCAAGCUGGAGGAGACGUGACUUCUGUGAAAUCCCCUGUCCAGCCAACAGCCACUUUGAGUCCCAAGGCACAGGAUGUCCAGCUACCUGUGUCAAUCCCAAUUCCACCCAAAACUGCCCUCUCCCUGCCCAGGAGAGCUGCAUCUGCAAUUCAGGCCACAUCCUCAGUGCUGGGGUCUGUGUCCCUCAUGCUGAGUGUGGCUGCAGCUUUGAAGGUCGUUACUACCGCUCUGGACAAACUGUAAUACUAGACGAGAACUGUGGGAGACGUUGUAGCUGCAGUUAUGGCUCCAUGACCUGUCACUCACAUGGUUGUGGUCCACUGGAAUCAUGCAGGGUGGAGGAGGGAGAAAGAGGAUGCAGACCUAACAGCUAUGAAACAUGCUGGAUAAAGGGCCAGGGGUCAUAUCAUACAUUUGAUGGACUGACAUACCAGUAUCCUGGGGCAUGUCGAUUGACUCUUGCCAAAGUGAUGGGAUUGUCUCAUCACCCCCACUUUGCAGUGACAGCAGAGAAAGUGCCUAGAGGCCAAAAUGGUUUUGCCAGGUUGCUAAAGUUUGAGGCAGAGGGAACACAAGUCUCCAUUGAGAUGGCAGAAAACAGCACAGUUCAGGUUGACGGUCAGCGGAUCAGACUACCAUUCAGCUCAGCAUCCAACCGAAUCCAAGUCUACCACAGCAGCAUUCACAGUAUCAUCCUUCACACCGCCUUUGGUGUGACUGUGCAGACAGUUUGGCCUCACUUUGUACGUAUCACUGCACCCGGUAUCUACAAUGGUUCACUGGGUGGACUCUGUGGAAACUACAAUGGUAACUCACAUGACGACUUCCGUACACCCAAUGGCCUCCUGGUCAACAGCUCUCAGGUCUUUGGAGACAGCUGGCGAGAUGGCUCCCUCGCUGCACACUGUGUGGAAAGUGUAAAUGAAAAUUCUAGGACAAAUUCCAAUUCUAGUGAGGGCUGUGGCAUUAUUGCCUCACCGAAUGGGCCGUUUACCCAGUGUUGGGCCAUGGUGGACCCACAGCAGCAUGUGAGUGCAUGCAUGGAGACCAUUAGAGUCUCUAGAGAUCCAGCAUCAGCACUAUGUGAGGUCCUACGUGAUUAUGCUCUAAUGUGUCAACAGAAGGGCGUAGCCCUGGGACACUGGAGGAAUAUAACUGGCUGUGAGCACACCUGCCCAGCAAACAGCCAUUAUGAACUCUGUGGAAACACUUGUCCCUCCACCUGCCCCAGCCUUUCCUUUCCCUUCUCCUGUAACACUCUGUGCCAGGAUGGGUGCCAGUGUGAUGAUGGUUUUGUCCUCAAUGGCAACCAGUGCGUACCACCAACAUCUUGUGGAUGCCAUCAUGAAGGACGCUAUCGGCAAAGUGGCGAACAGUUCUGGGAUGGUGAGGUAUGCCAGAGUUUCUGUACCUGCAACGGCACAACAGGGACAGUCCACUGUAAUCCCAGCUCCUGUGGUCCCCAGGAGUCGUGCCGUGUGGUAGGGGGUGAAUUUGGAUGUCAUCCAAACCCUCAUGGCACCUGCUCUGCCUCUGGAGACCCCCACUACCUCACAUUUGAUCAAAAGGCUUAUGACUUCCAGGGAACCUGCCGCUAUGUUCUGGCGACCCUUUGUAAUCACACUAAUGGACUCCCCCACUUUUCAGUGGAAGCUAAGAAUGAGCCGUGGUUUGGGUUGACAGUCUCAAUCACGGCUGAAGUUUUUGUGAAUGUGUUGGGAUACCGAGUGCGUGUGUCAAGGGACAACAGAGGUAUGGUAGAGGUAAAUGGAAUAACCGCAAAUUUACCAGUUGUCUUGAGUGGAAAUGUGUCUAUCUUUGCAAGUGGACCUCAAACAUUUAUCACUACUGAUUUUGGCCUCAGAGUCACCUAUGAUGGACGGAGUACAGUGUCCAUCUCUGUGCCAUCAAAUUACAGAGGACAGACAUGUGGACUUUGUGGAAACUUCAAUGGGAAUCAAAAUGAUGACUUCCGCACCCCAUCUGGAACAAUAGUCGCCACUCCAGAUGUGUUUGGGACAGCUUGGAAGGUUGCAGGCAACUACACCUGCAGUGAUGGGUGUGGUUCCUCCUGCCCGCGGUGUACCAACGAACAACCUGCUAGAGCUCAGUGUGAGGUGAUCAAAGCAGCCAGCGGCCCCUUCAGCUUCUGCCAUGAGCAGGUGGACCCAGCUCCAUAUUUCAAUGACUGUGUGUUUGAUGUUUGUGUGUCUGGAAAUGGGGGCCAAGAUCUUCUGUGCAGGGCCAUUCAAGCGUAUGUCAGUGCCUGUCAGUCUGCUAAUGUUCGAAUCUACCCUUGGAGACAGAACACCACCUGCAGACUGGACUGUCCAGCCAACAGCCAUUAUGAGCUGUGUGGUACUGACUGUGGCCACACCUGUGCCAGCAGCAUUGAUGCCACCUGCGAACAGGUUUGCUCUGAGGGAUGUUUUUGUGAUGAGGGGUUCCUCAGGAGUGGGUCAACAUGUGUCCCCGUGGAAAGCUGUGGCUGCCAGUAUGAUGGCUUCUACUAUAAUGCUGGUGAGUCCUUCUGGACGGAUGGUUGCUCCCAGCGAUGCGAAUGUUAUGCUCCCAAUGACCUGCGCUGCACCGCUGCAUCUUGCACUUCUACACAAGAGUGCACCAUCAGAAAUGGCCGGCUGGGCUGUUUUGCUACUAUGUCCACUUGCACUGUGUGGGGGGACCCACACUACAUCACCUUUGAUGGGGCACUAGCUCAUUUCCAGGGCACGUGCUCUUACAUCAUCACUGAGAGCGUGAGCCACAGCACCAAUGAAACCCAGUUUCAAGUAGUAGCCACCAAUAAUCACCGUGGUAACAACCGCGUGUCGUUUGUAUCAGCAGUGGAUGUAUACCUUUCGAAUCGAACAGAGAAUGUGCACAUAAGGAUCGGACCAAACAAAAGAGUAACGGUAAAUGGGAGUGAGGUGUCUCUUCCCACCACCACAGGAACCUUAGCUCGGGUGGAGAGGCAGGGAAGCUACAUGGUGGUUGAUGCCGUUAACCUGAUCGUCCAGUUUGAUGGCCGCAGUACCUUACUGGUCAGAAUCGACCAACACUGUCAAAACAGAGUCGCUGGGAUGUGUGGGAACUUCAACAAUGAUCCUGCAGAUGACAAAGUCUUGCCCAAUGGGACACAGGCACAAAAUGACAAUGAGUUUGGACACAGCUGGAAGGCACCCACAAGCCGACCAGGAUGUGGAUCCACAGAUGAAGACAAUGGUGGUGGAUUGACCGACUGUACCUACAGGGAAGAAUACUCUGCGCUCUGCAGUGUUAUCACCAACACCAGUGGCCCAUUCAGUGCCUGUCACCUGCACUCUGACCCACAGCCAUUUUUCAGUUCCUGUGUCUAUGAUCUCUGCCUCUACACUCCAGCCAAUGGCAUGCUCUGUUCUGCAAUCUCAGCCUAUGAGAGAACCUGCUCAGUUUUGGGGUUAAACAUCUCUGAGUGGCGCUCUGCUUUACAUUGUGCUGAGUCUGACCCCUGUGAAGAGUUGAACUGCACAGAGAGUGAGUGGUGUGGUGAGAAGGACGGUGUGUAUGGCUGCUUCUGUGAUGAACACCACCAUCGGCCCCACAAUGAGAGCUACGACUCGUCCAUCACUUGUGUCAGUAGUUCAGGCACCAUGUCUCUGUCACGCUGCCAGCUGUUUGAAGCUGGCUUCCACUCUAGCGCCCUCCAUCUCAAAGACGACUCCUGUAAAAGUACUCUCCAGGACGGACGACUGUUGUUCCACUUUAACAAUGACGAGCAGCUGUGUGGGACAGUUCUCAGGAGCAAUGGAACCCAUUUCAUCUAUGAGAACAUGAUCCAGGGCGAUGUGGACCCUCAUGACGGUCUAAUCAGCCGCCAAAGGAACAUCCAUCUGCGUUUCUGCUGUGAAUACCCUCUGUCUCAGGCCCUGUCUAUGUCUGUGGGCAUCAAUCCUUUAGAGAGCAUUGUGAGGAAGAAGCUUCCAAAUGGCCGUGGACAGUAUCACAUGAGAAUGAUCCCCUACCAGGACGCUGGCUUCAGCUCUCCCCUGACCGGUGACAGCAACAUAGAAAUGGAAAUAGACCAGAGGUUGUAUGUGGAGGUGCGGACAGAGGGAAUUGAUGAACGGCAGAUCUCCACCAUUCUUGACUCUUGUUGGGCCACGCCAAUCAACAAUGCGAACUACCCUGUCCGCUGGGAUCUCAUCAGUGCAGAGUGUCCUAAUCCAGCAGAUGAAACAGUAGAGGUGGUUCAGAAUGGCAUCUCCGCUGCGGCCAGAUUCUCCUUCAGGAUGUUCACCUUUACCAACUUUUCAUCCAUCUACCUGCACUGCCAGGUCCACCUGUGUCUUCUGUCAAACAACAACUGCACAGCUCAUUGCCACCCGGGUUACCACAGGCGAGUUGGGAGGGCUGUAUCCUACCAUGACACUGCCUCCAUCUCACUAGGACCACUACACCUGAUACCAGUGAGUGGUGGCAAAAUGAUGGAACGAAGCAGUGCUCCAGGCCAGAUGACCUCACUGGUGACCCUGCUGGUCAGUCUGCUAUUCAGUUUGCUGACUGCCAAAACUCUGGUCUAAGGAGAACAGAGAUGAUCCAUAUUUUGAAAUGACUCAACAUAUUACGUAUGCUUUUAGAUUGUAUUUCUGUGUCCGAGGCCUUGUCCCUGUGAUUUUGUAUGUGUAGUAUUUAAUUUUGCUUUGCAACAGUAGGGGGCACCAGUGUCCUCCAUGCUAAAGUUCAAACCUCUUUUCCUUUACCAUAUUCACUGUGUCUGAUAUUUAUAGAUUGAAUGUUUAGUUUCUUUGUGGUGAUUCUUAUUAAAUCUCAGCCAUAUGAUAAGUAAUCAUGUAUAAUGAACUA